UGGAAACCGCGUAAUUGAACAAAAGAAUGAGAGAGAGAGAGAGAGAGAGAGAGAGAGUGAGAUUGUGUUGGCAUCAAAUUUUCCUGCGUUUUCAUGAUUUUAAUACAUUUCCUGUGUUCGCGGGUCUUAUAGGCAACACGCUUUUCUCUCCUUCUCAUUUAAUCCAUCCCUCUAUUUUAUAUCUCCAAACUUUCACUCACUCUCUCUUCUCUCUUUCUCUCUCUCCAAAGCCAAGCCAGAGUUAUGAACAAUCUCUGAGUUUUCAUUGAGGUGACUCGAGGUAUUUGUUCAAAAGAAGACAAAGAUGUCUGGUUUUGUGGGUGUACUUGUUUCUGAUCCAUGGCUUCAAAGCCAGUUCACCCAAGUCGAGCUACGUACUCUUAAAUCCAAUUAUGUAUCGAUAAGGACUCAGGCAGGUCGCACCACAGUCGGCGAUUUGCCUCCUGUUUUUGUAAAAUUGAAGGCUUUCUCAGAGAUUUUUAAUGAGGAUGAGAUUAAGACUAUACUGGGGGAGUCUUAUUCAAACGCAGGAGAAGAACUUGAUUUUGAAACCUUCCUCCGGGCAUAUUUAAAUGUGCAAGCUCGAGUACCUGCAAAAUCAGGUGGAAGAAAACUGAAAUCUUCUUCUUCAUUUCUCAAAGCAUCAACAACAACUUUUCACCAUAACAUUAAUGAAUCUGAGAAGGCUUCCUAUGUUUCCCACAUUAACGGCUAUUUGGGAGAAGAUCCAUUCUUGAGUAAAUAUCUUCCGAUAGAUGCAGCAACAAAUGCUUUAUUUGAUCUUGUGAAAGAUGGAGUUCUUCUUUGCAAGCUUAUCAAUGUGGCUGUUCCUGGGACUAUAGAUGAGCGAGCUAUUAACACAAAAAAGGUCCUUAACCCAUGGGAAAGAAAUGAGAAUCACACCCUUUGCCUCAAUUCUGCGAAGGCUAUUGGCUGCACAGUUGUUAAUAUUGGAACACAAGACCUUGUUGAAGCUAGACCCCAUCUGGUACUUGGAUUGAUUUCCCAAAUUAUUAAGAUUCAACUGUUAGCAGAUCUUAAUUUAAAGAAAACUCCUGAACUUGUGGAAUUGGUGGAUGACAGCAAGGAGGUGGAGGAGCUCAUGGGUUUAGCACCUGAAAAAGUGUUGCUGAAAUGGAUGAAUUUUCAUUUGAAGAAAGCUGGUUACAAUAAAGAGGUUACAAACUUCUCUUCCGAUGUGAAGGACGGAGAGGCCUAUGUUUACCUGCUUAAUGCUCUUGCACCAGAACUCAGUAGCCCUGCCACCUUGGAUUCUAGUGAUCCUGGGGAGAGAGCAAACAUGGUCCUUGAGCAGGCAGAGAGACUUGAUUGCAAAAGAUAUCUCACUGCUAAAGACAUUGUUGAGGGCUCCCCAAAUCUUAAUCUUGCAUUUGUGGCUCAAAUAUUCCAGCACAGGAAUGGAUUGACAGUUGACACUAAUAAGACGUCAUUUGCUGAGAUGAUGGAGGAUGAUGCUCAAACUUCUCGGGAAGAGAGAUGCUUCCGACUGUGGAUUAACAGUCUUGGAAUUGUUAGCUAUGUUAAUAAUGUUUUUGAGGAUGUCAGAAAUGGAUGGGUUCUUUUAGAAGUGCUUGACAAAGUUUCACCUGGAUCAGUUAAUUGGAAGCAGACAACUAAACCUCCUAUAAAGAUGCCAUUUAGAAAAGUUGAGAAUUGCAACCAAGUUGUACAGAUAGGGAAGGAAUUGCAUUUCUCCCUUGUAAAUGUUGCUGGGAAUGACAUUGUUCAAGGAAAUAAGAAGCUCAUAAUAGCAUUUUUGUGGCAGCUAAUGAGGUUUACCAUGCUUCAGCUUCUGAAAAACUUGAGAUCUCACUCCUCCCACUCCCAAGGUAAAGAAAUUACAGAUGCCGACAUUUUAAACUGGGCAAAUAGCAAAGUGAAGAAAGCAGGUAGAACAUCUCAAAUGGAGAGCUUCAAGGAUAAGAGCCUUUCAAAUGGAAUUUUCUUUCUUGAGCUUCUCAGUGCAGUGGAGCCAAGGGUAGUCAAUUGGGCAGUUGUUACAAAGGGAGAAAGUGAUGAGGAUAAGAAGUUGAAUGCUACCUACAUAAUCAGUGUUGCCCGGAAACUUGGAUGCUCCAUUUUCUUACUGCCCGAGGACAUUAUAGAGGUAAACCAGAAGAUGAUACUUGUUUUGACUGCAAGCAUAAUGUACUGGAGCUUACAGCAACAGGUUGUAGAAUCAGAGUCAUCUGCUGCUGAAGACAAUGUAGAGUCAUCAUCUAUGGAAGGCGAUAUUUCUAUGGACGAUGCUGCUUCAGAUACUGCUGCGUCCCCCAAGGUUGGCAAUGAAGAAAAAAGAGAAUGACCUCAAAAUGCAGCAUUUUUAAUACUUUUUGUCGCCAUUAAUUUAUUUUCAAGAGAACAGGAAUGAAAUUAGCAUCUGGUUGAAGUUGGCAGAUAAUUUCCCAGAAAGAAUCAUCUUUAAGGCGCUCAUAAACCACAGAAGUAAAAAAGUUAUGUAAAUUAUCAUUUUGUAGAUAGAGCUUGACGUUCUUAGGCAUAUUCUUUUAAACCAAAAAUUGCAUUCAUUUUGCUGAAUAAUUUGGUGCGGAGGGCUUUUCAUGUUCGCUGAAGCAAGGAAGAUAUUGAUAGAUGUCAAUGAAAAGCUUGGCCACCAUGGCAGGAUGAUGUGUUAGCUUUCAAUAUUUGUGUUGCUCAUUGGAUCAAUAUAAGGCAUUUCUGCACCA